CGUUGAUUUGAGCUUCAACCAAAAUUUUCUCUCUAGGUCACAACUCUUAUCUGUGGUCUCGUUCGUCGAAUAGACAAAUAUGUCAAAAUAUUGCUAUGUCUGCUGAUAGAAUUUUGUGGGAUAAAAUACAAUUUUGAAAAAUAUGGGAUAUUUUUUGGGCUAACAUCACCAAAAAGGUACAAUAUCGAACUCGCUAAAUUAUUCAACUCAUGAAGGCUCUUGCUAAAUAUCCAAAUUUUUUUAAGUAUUUGGGAUUUACCCUGAUUGGAACAAGGUAUGAGUAUCACUGGCAAAAAAUUAACAUGCUGUAACAAUUUUAUUUUGAAUAGUGCAGGAUGGAUUUACUAUCAGGUGAAGCGCACCAAACAAAUAUUAGAAGGUGCUGUCGAUACUUCAGUCCUACACCUAAAAGCAGUAGCUCUACAGAAAGAGCCUGUUGUAGAAGAAUUCACAGAGAUACAACAGCCCUUUUUCCCUUUUGAAAAAAGAAACUUCCUUAGUAGUACUUGGGAUUCGAUAAAAUUCGCUUAUGCCCGUAGAUUAGUGAGAUUGGCAGGGAGUGAGAAUCAAUCUUUUCGAAUAAAGGCUGUGAAACAUCUAGCUAAGAUCAAAGACAUGGAUCAAUGGCAUUGCUGUCUAUUGGCAAAUAUGAUAGAUGCUAGAGCAGCUGUAGGCCUAGCACGAUCUGGGGAUGUUGAUAAAAGGUUAUUCCUAGAACCACCAUUACGCUACCAUAACUUUAACAAAGAUAUGUUGGUAAAUGUUAUGAGAGAUUUCUUGAUAAAUCUGUAUGAAAAAUCUCAACAUCAAUGUUUGGGAUAUUUUCUGUCUAAGGUGUUUGUGUAUGAACAUGUGAGUAUGCUUUACACUUAAUAGUUAAAUUUUAUAGAGCAUAAAUUAUUAACAUUCUUUCUUCUGCUGCUCAGUGGAUUAUGGGUAAUUAUCAUCAUAAGGUAGGAGCACAAAUAUUUCUAUUAGGUAACCACAUAUUAACACAGAACUCCCUCAUAAGCUGUCAUAUUUUUAGAAAGCCUGAAGUACCCUAUACUAUUCAUCAUUGUUUGGCAUAGCGGUCCAGUAGACCUUUGCUCUUAGUUAAGUCUCAUCUGUCUAGCUACGCAUAUACCAAACAUGUUCAAGGGGAAAAGAAAAAGAAAAGAAAAUCAUUUGAAGUAGAAAACUCUUAACCAUUAUUAGUUUAACUCCAAAAAUAAUUUUGAUUGGUUUUGUAUACUGAAAUAAUUUUGGUUGGUCUGAAAUUGACCAUUUAAUUUUGAUCACAGUGUGAGGAUUGACCUGGAAUGUUUGCGAACUAGCUCAACUGUGUAGUCUUCUGAAUCGCACAACAGAGGGUGGCUGUGUGAUUCUGCUUGAUUAUCACACUGCUGUGCCUGUUAUUCUACAUAAUCCCUUAGAUACAGGGUGUGAAGAUCUCUGAGAAUGGUCUCAUUUGACACAUCCCACGGGAAGUUAGUGAUUGUGCAUAGGUUUCUAUUUUGCAGGACUUUCAGUUUCUGCAUAUGCAUGUUGGCAAGAUAGCACCAAGCCACUCAUGCAUAGGUGAUUGACGGUCUUAUGAACCAUUUUAUACAACCGGAUCUUGUUUAUCAAACUUAAUUUUGAAUUUCUGCACAACAAAUUAUAAAGCUGCUUAAAUGUAAUUCCGUUUUUGGUUUUCGAAAUAUCAGUAUGUUUAUGCCAGGUCAACCCCUUGUCAAUGAUUGACUCAAAGGUACCUGACAGCUUGUUGCCAUGGUGUAUAUGAGUUAAAAUUAUUAAUUUCGAUCCGCCCACUAAAAUACUUCUUCCACCGCAGUCUAUCGUUAACCAGGAUACCUGGACUAUUAGUGCAGUGUCGUCAUCACAGAGAUAGACUUCACAGCCGCUGGGGCAAGGGACGUCAUGUAUAUGAAGUGAAUAAAGGAUUGGUCCUAAGACAGAGCACUGAGGAACACCGGCUCUUACGUGCCGUGUUGUUGACAAAACGUUAAUUUUAGUUCGAAACUUUCAUCCUUCUAGAAAAGAUUUCAACAGUUUUAGUAGCCAAAAUGGAAAGCCUUUUUGGAUGGGCUGAUAUAAGAGGCCCAUGGACCACAUCUUGUCAAAUGCCUUUGAUCCAUUUAAAAGCAAGAUACCAGUACUUUUUUUGAGGGUGAACCUCCUGGUUACAUGCUUCACUAGUCUAACUGCCUGUAGCUCCAUACUAUUCUCCGACCGAAAGCCAAAUUGCAUGUCAGAAAUCACAUGGUGAUCUGACGAGAAAUUUUCAAGGUGACGAUAAAUCACCUUUUCAGCGAGCUUAGAAGGAGCUGGCAGUAGACUAAUGGGACAGUAAUUCCUGGAGGAAUAUCGAACCUACUUUCUUUGGGUCAUGAUGAGUUCAGAAAUCUUCCACGCCUUAGGAAAGUACCGAGUUCGGAGCAUUGCAAUGAUUAUUGUCACCAGAUAAGUCAAAGCUUUUAGCAAAAGCAACUUCAGGGUCUUAUUGGUGGUGUGAUCCUCUCCAAGUGAUUUACGCAAUCUUAGGUCCUUAAUGUGGCCGUGAAGCUUUUCCAUUGAGCAAAAUGGAAUCACAGAGGAUUCCGCUGUGGUGCUGUGCAGAGAUUCUGCCGAAACGGAAUCACCGAUGUUUGCAUUGAUGUUAGUGUCGCCAUAUUGCUCUAAAAUAUCUCCUGACAUAUCUUACAAAUUGUCGUUCCUCGUCAAGAGCAUAAUUGGUAGAGCACUGCCUUUCCAUGACGUCAGCAAAAACCGCCACUUUAUCUUCAGUCCUAAAAACUAUGCCUCCAGGACUAUGGAUAUGUGGUAGUUGCUUUUGCCUUCCGUUUCUGAGAGAUUUUGCCACUUUCCAUAGAGGAAUACUUGAAUCGAGCAUCCAAGCCAGAAAGUCGCUCCACUUCUCAUUACGGAAUUCAUGGAGUGCAAUUCUCACUUCACAGUUUAGUAGUAGUAGUUUUUUAUCGAAUGAAAAUGCACCAUUGCUAUGUUGCUGAAAAUGAAAGAGCAGGUUAGUGUGUGCCGCACUGAUUGAACGCUUGUAAAAUCAAGAGUGCCGGUGAUUAAAAAAAAUGUGCAUAAAAUUCCAAUACCGCUUCGCGUCGUUCUAGAAGGCGUCCUCACAGACGCCGCCAAGCGGGUUGUGGGGUCGGGGUUCGCGUAAAAGCAGAAAUCGGCCAUGAAGCUCUGGCGAGUAGAAGAUUCGCCCAACAGAUGGCGCCAACGGUACUAUUUAUCGUCACAAUACAUUAGCCAGACACCUAGACAGGAUCAGGAAGAAUCUGUGUACACCUCAUGGUUGACUUUAUCGAGUGGAUAAGGCAAUAGCCGUUUCACUUUCUCGUACGUGUUAAAGAAAUGAUUCGGGCAUACGAUACCGAUACAGAUUCAAGAAUACGCAAGCCCUAUGAUCCGAAAAAAAUCUCAUUGUCGGUUGGGUGUUUCAGAGUCUGCAUUCUGAAAGGGACAAUAAUGUUCUCUUUAUGGUAUAUCUUGAAAACUAUCGAAUUUGGGAAUACAUUACAGACUCACAUCGAAGAGUACGCAAUCUACAGAAUGAGAUGAAACUAUUCACUUCGUUUCUAGGCGAGAGUUUGAAUCUCUGGAUGGGAUCGAUCAGAGAUCCCAAAAUACCUUUCUCAUUUACGCGUCCUCGGCGAAUAUCUGAUUGGGGCAAAUAUAGCUAAAUCAAGAAGCUAUGAGCAAUAUUUUUACCAUAUUUUGGUUAUCUAAUUUGUAAAGAGUAUUUCAGACUUUGGCUAGAUCCUUGCUGCUGUAUUAAUUGGAGUGGAACCUUACUCAGCAUAAUAAUCCCAACAUGGCUGUUUGUAGGACAAUUCCCAUAUAGUGGAUAACGAUUCUUCAGCAUUAGAACUAAGUAAAUUCAUUCAAUCAGAAGACGAUGUCAUGCCAAAGUGUCUAGAAUCCCUCUUGCAUCAUUCCAGCAUUAGGAAAUAUACAAAAGAUAUAGUAGAUGAGAAUGCACUACCUCUUUUAAUGGAAAUAUACCAUCGCUACAAGCGCAACAUAGAAAUGAACAUCAAACUGUGCCAAAUUAUAUCUUAUAUGUCAUUCGACAGAAAUAUUUUAGGACCAAUGCAUAAAUCUGGUUAGUAUUUGAAGUAUUCUCUGUUCUCUGUCAACUAGAAGUCUGGUAAAGAUUCAAGACGAUUUUUUUGACGCCAAUGCUGGACCUGGGGUCUAAUUCUAACUGGAUUUCGUUUGUUGGAAAUUAGAUCCUGGUGUCAAAAUUAUAUUGACGGAUCAUAUGUAGGACAUCGAAAUUGAUUUCACAGGUCGAAAUUCAGUUAGGAUCAGGCAAUAAAGGCACUGUACGAAAAGGAAUUAAUAUAUAUAUAUAUAUGAGAUAUUUAAUAAUGUUGGAGGAUAUAUAGAAUUUUCUUUAUAUUACAGGGUGGAUAGGAGUAUUAUAUGAUUGGACCAAACAUGACGACGUUCGAAUAUCGAUUCCAGCUGCAAGAGCCUUAGCGAAUUUAGAUUUUGAUAGUCAAUCGAUUUAUAACCGGUAUAUUUAUCUGUUAUACCCCAUUACUAGAACUUCUAGUGGCCAAGAACUGGACGUAGUAUUUGUCCAUGGUCUCUUAGGUGGAGUUUUUUACACUUGGCGACAAAGAAAAAGGGGGAAGAACAUCCUUAGUAUUACUGAAAGCAUAACCCCGGGACUAGAUUCAAUGGAUCAAAUUAUAAGAAACAAAACGCCAAAACAAAUGCUGAAAAGCAUCAAGGAAAAAAUAGAAUUCGAUGACUCGUUCAAAGAAUACGAAAUUGUAUGGGAUGAUAUACCAGUAUAUACAAAUACAAAUGGUGAUGAUCCAUACACUUGUCCAGCAACCCAGUAUGUUAAGUGCAAAGAUAACAAUGAUUGUCACACUUACUGCUGGCCAAAAGAUUGGCUACCAGAAGACUGUAGUAACUUGAGAAUCUUAGGUGUGAAUUAUGAUACCAGUCUUUCAAUGUGGGCACCAAUCUGUCCUACAGAAAAAGUGAAGUUCACUUUGGAAGAACGAAGUGAUGAUCUUAUUGAGAGAUUCUUAGGCUGUGGCUUAGGUGAAAAACCCAUUGUUUGGGUAACUCAUUCGAUGGGUGGACUGAUAGUUAAGAAUAUUCUUUGUAAAGCUUUUGAGAGCAAAGAUGAAAAUAUUAAGAAGAUUUGCUCUAAUACAAAAGGGGUCAUCUUCUAUAGCACACCACAUAAAGGAUCUCGCUUAGCCAAUCUCAGCCAAGCAACAGCACUGCUGUUGUGGCCUUCAGUUGAGGUACAAGAAUUAAGAGAAAAUUCCCCAAAACUGAGAGCUAUUCAUGAGAAAUUCCUGAACAUAGUCAAAGAAGCUCCAAUGAAAAUUGUUACUUUUGUGGAAACUAAGUCUACAGUGGUAACAGCAUUGAAGUUCAAUUUUUUAUUGGUCGAGCCCAAAUCUGGAAAUCCAAGCAUUGGCGAAUAUUAUGAAAUUCCUCAAGACCAUUUGGGUAUUUGUAAACCAAUUUCAAAAAAUUCAUUCCUCUACCAAAAAGUACUACACGUGCUGCAAGAAAUCCUCAAAGAAACUCAAAAGAAAAAUCAAAAAUUAGGUAACUAGUUGUACUUGUAAGAAAAUACAUACAAUAAAAAAUUGCAUUACCUAA